UCUUGCUCUUCUUCUCUUCAAACUUCAAAGUAAUACCAUUCUUCAAGUUUAGUGAGACAUGGGAAUAGCUACAGUUAGUGAGUUGAAGCAGAGUGUUUCAGGGAAGAGAACAUUUAGGCCAAGUUUGAGCACUAGACAUACUAUUGACUGGCCUCUUUCUGAUGUUUCAAGUGAUCUCACUGUUGAAGUUGGAACAUCAAGCUUUGCACUUCACAAGUUUCCUUUGGUUUCGCGGAGCGGAAAAAUCAGGAAGCUCAUUUCUGAAGCAAAAGACACAAAGGCGACACGAAUAAAUUUGCAAGGAAUACCCGGUGGAGCAGAAGCUUUUGAGCUGUCCGCGAAGUUCUGUUACGGUGUAAACAUUGAGAUCACACUGUCCAAUGUCGCAAUGAUUCGUUGUGCAGCUCAUUACCUUCAAAUGACCGAAGAAUUUGCAGAAAAAAAUUUGGCUACUCAAGCAGAAAGUUAUCUCAGAGAGACAGUAAUCUCAAACAUUUUAAAUUCGAUAACCGUAUUGCAAAGAUGUGAGAUGCUACUUCCGGUAGCCGAAGAAAUCAAUCUGAUUAGCAGAAUUAUUACUGCAAUUUCAUCAAAUGUCUGCAAAGAACAACUGACUUCAGGUUUAUCGAGACUCGAAACAAACUUGGCUUCGAAAAGUAGUACAAUUGACAGAGAAUUAGCAUCUGAUUGGUGGGGGAAAAGUUUAGCAGUGCUCAAUCUUGAUUUUUUUCAGAGAGUGCUGUCGACGAUGAAAUCGAAGGGUCUCAAACAGGACACAAUCAGUAGGAUUUUGAUAAAUUACGCGCAUAAUUCUCUGCAAAGUUUGAUUGUUAGAGACAUGCAAUCAUGGAAAUGUAGCUUUUCCGACGAAGAAAAUCAGAAAAAGCAAAGAGUGAUUGUGGAAACUAUAGUGGGUUUACUGCCGACACAAUCAAGAAAAAGCCCGGUGCCGAUUGCAUUCCUUUCCGGGCUUCUUAAAACUGCUGUAAUGGUUUCAGCAUCCUCCAUUUGUAAAGCAGACUUGGAAAGAAGAAUUGGAUUUCAACUUGAUCAAGCCAUUCUUGAAGACAUUUUAAUCCCGGCAAAUCCUCAAAACAAUGGCCAUCAGACAUUGUAUGACACAGAUACGGUGUCGAGGAUAUUCUCGGUGUUUCUAAAUCUCGAUGAGGAAGACGAUGAAGGAGCUCAACUGAGGGAAGAAAGAGAUGUAUGUUAUGAGUACGAUAGCCCGAGAUCGCCGAAACAGAGUGUGAUAAUAAAGGCGUCGAAACUCAUGGACAGUUAUCUUGCAGAAAUUGCUCUUGAUUCAAACUUAUUGCCGUCGAAGUUUAUUGCUCUUGCAGAGUUACUCCCUGAUCAUGCCCGCGUAGUGAACGAUGGAUUAUAUAGAGCUGUCGACAUUUUCCUCAAGGUUCAUCCAAACAUCAAAGAAUCAGAAAGAUACAGACUAUGCAAAACCAUAGACUGCCAAAAGCUCUCACAAGAAGCAUGCAGCCACGCGGCGCAGAAUGAACGAUUACCGGUGCAAAUGGCAGUGCAAGUACUCUACUUUGAGCAAAUUCGACUGCGAAAUGCGAUGAAUGGAAGUCAUGACCAGUUCUUCUUUGGAUCAGCAAAUGGACAGUAUCCUCAGAGAUCAAGCAGUGGAGUAGGAAGCGGCGCAAUCUCACCGAGAGACAACUAUGCGUCGGUUCGAAGAGAAAACAGAGAAUUGAAGCUUGAAGUAGCAAGAAUGAGAAUGAGAUUAACUGAUCUUGAAAAAGAUCAUGUGUCAAUGAAACAAGAACUAGUGAGGGCCAAUCCUGCAAACAAGAUUCUGAGAUCAUUGACAAAGAAGCUUGGGAAAUUGAAUGCAUUGUUUAGGAUGAGAGAUGUGAAGCCAUUGAAUGCAAAGGCAACAUCAGAAGCAAGGCUUUUGUUUCAGAGAAGAAGACGUCACUCGAUUUCAUGACACUUGAAAUUUGUUUUACGUGCAUGAAUUUGCAUGGAUUUGUGGUCAUUUGUCUGUUUUUGUUACUGCAUUUCACUGAUAUUGGAACUCUCUUUGUUGUUUUGGAUUUAUAGUUCCAUACUUAGAGAGCCAUCUGUGUAUAAUUAAGUUCUAUAUAUAUAUAUAUUUGUAGUUUGA